CCAAUAGCAGAAUAAUCAUGCUAACUUUUCACAACAGAACCAUAACCCUAUAAAUACCCCCCAUUGAUUUUAUACUCCGCAACAACCAAAACAAAUUCCAAGCUGCCUUUUAUCUACAAUGGAGCUGUUGGGGAGGAGUCCUAUGAAAACCCAAGUGAUUAUUAAACUAGUGCUAGUGGUACUUGUUGUGGUGGCCAUGCUAAGAGGGGCUGAGAGCAGAAGGGCAAAGGGCAAAAUAUUUGAAUCGUUUGAGUACACUGCAAUGAACUGCAGAGCUCACAGUGCUUCGCUGACUGAUUUUGGAGGAGUUGGAGAUGGAAAGACAUCAAACACAAAGGCUUUUCAUGCCGCCGUCAGUCAGCUGAGCCAGUAUGAAACACAGGGCGGUGCUCAGCUCUUUGUUCCGGCAGGGAAGUGGCUGACGGGGAGCUUCAACCUCACCAGCCACUUCACUCUCUAUCUCCACAAGGAUGCUGUUCUCCUCGCUUCUCAAGACAUUAAUGAAUGGCCUGUGCUCAAAGCCCUCCCAUCUUACGGUCGAGGAAGAGAUGCGGCAGCUGGAAGGUACACCAGUCUCAUAUGGGGAACAAAUCUCACUGAUGUCGUUGUUACAGGUGACAAUGGCACAAUUGAUGGGCAGGGUGAGUUCUGGUGGCAACAGUUCCACAAGAAGAAGCUAAAAUACACCCGCCCUUACCUGAUCGAAGUCAUGUUCUCAACCGAUGUCCAAAUCUCAAACCUAACUCUCCUAAAUUCUCCAUCAUGGAAUGUCCAUCCUGUUUAUAGCAGUAAUAUUCUCGUGAAAGGGAUUACUAUUAUAGCUCCAAUUUCAUCUCCAAACACAGACGGUAUCAACCCAGAUUCUUGCACCAAUACAAGAAUUGAAGACUGCUACAUAGUCUCUGGGGAUGAUUGUGUAGCUGUUAAGAGCGGUUGGGAUGAGUACGGAAUUGCAUUUGGAAUGCCUACAAAACAACUAGUAGUCCGACGUCUCACAUGCAUUUCGCCCUACAGCGCCACCAUUGCCCUAGGCAGUGAAAUGUCCGGCGGGAUCCAAGACGUCCGAGCUGAAGACAUAGUGGCCAUCCAUACCGAAUCGGGUGUCCGGAUCAAGACCGCCGUAGGGCGAGGAGGGUACGUGAAAGACAUAUACGCGAGGAGAUUCACCAUGCACACAAUGAAAUGGGCGUUUUGGAUGACCGGCAAUUACGGGUCACAUGCUGAUGACAAAUAUGAUAAAAAUGCACUGCCUGAGAUCAAAAAUAUUAACUACAUGGACAUGGUGGCCGAUAAUGUCACAAUGGCUGCAAGGUUAGAAGGCAUUGCGGACCACCCGUUUACCGGGAUUUGCAUCUCGAAUGUGACGAUUGGACUGGCGGUGAAGGCGAAGAAGCAGCCAUGGACGUGCACCGACAUUGAGGGGAUCACGAGCGGCGUGACUCCUCGCCCUUGUGAUCUGCUGCCGGAUCAGGGUGCUGAGAAAGCCAAAGCUUGUGAUUUUCCUGCAGAUGAUCUGCCGAUUGACCGGGUAGAGCUCAAACAGUGUACAUAUAGGAUGAGCUCUCUGUAAACAAUCCUAAGAUCGUGUACCAUUACUAUGUUUUUCAGUCUUCUGUUAAAAGCUAAACUAUCAGACCGCCAUAAAACUUUGCCAUGUUUUCCCUCCAGCAAUAUUUCCGUUACAUGAACUCGGAAGUGAAAUGAUUGCCGCA